AUGUCCGAUACUGGUUCCGACCAUGAUGAUUUGAGACCGUCCAAAAGUAAAGAGAGUACAUCAAAUACCGAGUUGUCUACUGAUGGUGCCGUAUCGUUGUUUUCAACAGUUUUAACGAACGCUCUAGAACAGCAGAAGGUUAAUUUAAUCAAACAUUUCGAAAACCAAUUUAUACAACCAGUGAAGUCAACCGGUGUUUCGACUCCAGAUUUCGUUUUCAAGAGAGAGGGACAUCGCAUUCAGUACUUAUUUAAUACAGAAAGGUCCGACACGAUUUCAAGAAUAGAGAAACUGAUAAGGUCCAAAUCGUACGUUCAGGCGAUGGAGGUGUUAGCAGAAGAGAAAGAAACCUUGCGGAAGAGGAACAAAAUUGUGAAAAUCGCCGACAAACAUGGAUGGGACACCGUUAAUGAAUAUCUUGAUAGUCCUUUGGCUGAUGAUAAGGAUGAUGCAGCCAAUUUGCGUUCCGCUAUUGCCAGUGCUUCUAGAAAAAGGAAAAGUUCAAAACCGUAUGAUCGGCCCAGCAAUAAACCUACAGAAAGUGGAAAUAAAUUCAACGCAAAGAAUUUUUUCGUGGGAUUAGUCAAAACAGUGGAUUCGGAGAAAAUGCAGGUCAGUCGCAGAACAGAUCCGGGAAAUGCUUCUAUUGCAAUCAACAGGGACAUUUCGCCAGAUACUGUCCAUUCAAGGCAAGUCCGUCAGCAACAGUCAGCACGGCCCCAAAGGAACAAGAAAAGUCACAGUAAAGAACCGACGUUAGAUGAAGAUACUACGAAUGGAGUUGAGUAUAAUUUUGACUUUAUUAACAAUUAUGAAAUUAAAUCUGGAGAUCAAGUUAUUAACGUUAAAGGGAAUUUAAAACAUAGUGUGUCUUUUUGGAAAUCUGUUUUACAGGCAAAUGAUUUUAUCUUAAAUACUACAGAAUUUGGCUAUCGUAUUCCAUUUAAUAUUGAACCAUGUUGUAUUUAUUUACCUAAUAACAAAUCAGCUCUUAAGCAUGCCACUUUUGUUGAAAAGUCAAUAGAUGAACUUCUUACUACCAAUUGUAUUAAUGAAGUAGAGUGUCCACCUUUUGUAGUAAAUCCGUUAACUGUUUCGGUACAAAGCUCAGGUAAAAUAAGACUUGUACUAGAUUUAAGACAUGUAAACAAAUACGUUGAAAAACAAAAGGUUAAAUUUGAAGGUGUUAAUGAAGCAUUAUCUUUUGCACAUAAUUCAAAAUACAUGUAUAAAUUUGAUUUAAGGCAUGGUUAUCAUCACUUAGAUGUGCAUUAUGAUCAUCAAAAAUUUUUAGGUUUGUCAUGGAAAUUCGGCAAUAAAACCAGAUUUUUUACUUUCACAGUUUUGCCUUUCGGUUUGUCAUCAGCAGGUCACAUUUUUACUAAAACGCUUAGAGUUUUAGUAAAAUAUUGGAGAGCAAUGAGUAUUCCUAUUGUGGUUUAUUUAGAUGACGGGUGGGGAACUGCAGAAAAUUCAGAAAUAUGUGAAAAUAUGGCUUUACAGGUUAAAAGUGAUCUAGAAAAAUCUGGUUUCGUUGUAAAUAAUAAAAAGAGUGUAUGGACACCUGUUCAAAUUAUGGAAUGGCUAGGUUUUAAUUGGAAUUUAAAAGACGGAACUUUAGAAAUACCUGUGAAAAAAUUUGAGAAUUUAAAAAACAUAAUAUCUGCUUUAUUUGAAUGUAAUAUACAUAUCACUUGUAGAAAUUUAGCUAAAGUGUGUGGAAAAAUAAUUUCUAUGUUAACAGCAUUAGGCAGUAUUUGUCAAAUUAUGACAAGACAUUUACAUAUGACUAUUUGUUGUAGAGAUUAUUGGGAUUCUUUUGUAUAUUUGAAUGAAAAUGUUAUUCAAGAACUUAGAUUUUGA